AUUUUGAGUGAGUAUGGAGCCCAAGAGCAAGAUUCUGAUCGUUGGAGCUACGGGAUACAUCGGCAAGUACAUCGCUACUGCUAGUAUUCAAUCGGGUCAUCCAACUAGUAUACUAGUUCGUCCACAGGUGUCAAAACAUGUUGAUAAAGUCCGGUUCCUGGUUGGGCUAAGAAAAGCCGGAGCAACGAUUUACACCUGCUUUCUGGAAGACCAAGAGGGUCUUGUGCGAAUAUUACAGCAAGUCGAUGUUGUGAUCUGCGCUCUUGGGGAAGAUCAACUAAAGCUCCAGUACGAUCUCAUCAGAGCCGUGAAAGAAGCUGGAAACAUCAAGAAGUUCUACCCCUCCGAGUUUGGGAUGGACGCGGAUAGGAUCUGCAAGGACCAGUCCAUUCCCGAGAGCCCCAUGUAUAGGGACAAGGUAGCUAUCCGGAGAGCCAUCGAAGCAGCAGGAAUUCCUCAUACGUUUUUCAUGGCGAACUGUAUCAUGGGGAUCAUGCUCGCCAGUUUCGUACAAAUGGACGGUUUCCCGACUUUCACUCCACCCAGAGACAAGGUUUGCAUUUACAAAGAUGGAGAUCAGAAAGCUUUUGACUUUGGCGGAUUCACGGACCUCGCAACUUACUUGCUCAAGUCGGUCGAUGAUCCCAGAACACUCAACAAGGCUCUUUACGUUCGCCCUCCCGGAAACGCCUUGACAAUGAACGAGCAAGUAGCAUUGUGGGAAGAAAUGACCGGGGUCACCCUUGAAAAGAGGUGGAUGAGCGAGGAGGAGAUUCUUCUACACAUCAACGACGCUCAAACUCCAUUGCAGCUCAGAGAGGUGUGGACACGCAUCUAUCACUUUUUUUACAACGGAGCUAUGUGCUUUGAGUUGGCUCCGGAUGAUAUUGAAGCCACUGCUUUGUAUCCCGAGGUAGAGUAUACUUCUCCACAAGUAUAUCUCAAGCCUUAUGUGUGCUGAUUCCCUGAUCAACAUCCUUGAUCAACACGGAGUUCCAACAAUGAACACUAACUUGCUCCACGUAUCAAGCAGAAACUUGCACUUCAAUCUUGAAAAUGUUCUGGAGGCAAACUCCAUCAGUUCAAUAAUGUUAGCUUUCUUCUCUCAGGAAUCCAAAGUGUUUGGUUACUGAGAUCUUAUUUUCCAGAGUAAACAAAAAAACAGAGCCAUAUUUUCA